AUGAAGCCAGCAGAGAUCAGACUCUCUCCACAGAGACUCAGACAGCACAGACAUCCAGACAUGGCUCCUACAAUCACUGCAGCCAUCACCAACAACCAGGAGCAUCUGACUCUCAACCACAAGCUCAGAAAGCCUCUGGUGGAGAAGCUUCGCAGAGAGCGAAUCAACAGCAGCAUUGAGCAGCUCAAGUCUCUCCUGGCUCCAGAGUUCCUCCAACAGCAGCCAGACUCCAAGCUGGAGAAAGCAGACAUCCUGGAGAUGACAGUUUGUGUCCUCAGACGACUGCAGCAGCAGGAUCAGCACCACACAAGACUGAUCAGCCACUUCAACAAGCUGCAGUCUUCCUGUGACAACAACCUGACAGAGUCUGACUCCUCUCCUCUCAGCUCCACAGUCCACACCAGCAUCACCAAAGAGAAGAGUCCAGUCAACAGCGCCCUCUGGAGGCCGUGGUAG